UUCAGCUGAGUGGCUGUGCAGCUUGUUGAUUGCGCUUUCUUCAUUAGAUCAUUCUGUAAAGUGUGAGCUGUGGGAUGUUGUAUUGCAGCCAUGUGAAGAUGCCUCUGGAGACGAUUCCCAUGUUCAUGUAUCUGAUUUGCGGUCUAGAAUACUCUCAUGUGACAUGUCACUAAUUGAAAUGUAUUGGAAUAAUGGCAGUGUUGAAUUGUUUGAAAUAUUUCGAAGUACAACUAUAGGAAUCUUGACGCUGGAAACAGCUGAGUGUGCAUCUUUAGCAUCAAAGAUUCUGUAUACUCUCAAGAAAUUGAAAAAACUUUAUUUGUGGGGUACUUAUAGUGAGCGAUGUACUUUACAACUGCCUGCUACGUUACAAUGCAUAUCAUUGCAGGAAGUUGAAUGUUCAGCUGAGUGGCUGUGCAGCUUGUUGAUUGCGCUGUCUUCAUUAGAUCAUUCUGUAGAGUGUGAGCUGUUGAAUGUUGUAUUGCAGCCAUGUGCAGAAGAGUGUGGAGACGAUUUACAAGCACGGAUAUCUGAUUCGCGGUCUGAAAUACCGUUACAUGACAUGUCUGAAAUUAAGGUAUUGGUGGAAAAUGGCAGUGUUGAACUGUUUGAAAUAUUUCGAGGUACAAAUAUAGGAAUCUUGAAUCUGAAAACAGCCGAGUGUGCAUCUUUAGCAUCAAAGAUUCUGUAUACUCUCAAGAAAUUGACAAAACUUUAUUUGUGGGGUACUUAUAGUGAGCGAUGUACUUUACAACUGCCUGCUACAUUACAAUGCAUAUCAUUGCAGAGAGUUGAAUGUUCAGCUAAGUGGCUGUGCAGCUUGUUGAUUGCGCUUUCUUCAUUAGAUCAUUCUGUAAAGUGUGAGCUGUGGGAUGUUGUAAUGCAGCCAUGUGAAGACGCCUCUGGAGACGAUUCCCAUGUACAUGUAUCUGAUUUGCGGUCGGAAAUACUUUCAUGUGACAUGUCACUAAUUGAAAUAUAUUUGAAUAAUGGCAGUGUUGAACUGUUUGAAAUAUUUCGAGGUACAAAUAUAGGAAUCUUGAAUCUGGAAAAUGCCGAGUGUGCAUCUUUAGCAUCAAAGAUUCUGUAUACUCUCAAAAAAUUGACAAAACUUUAUUUGUGGGGUACUUAUAGUGAGCGAUGUACUUUACAACUGCCUGCUACAUUACAAUGCAUAUCAUUGCAGGAAGUUGAAUGUUCAGCUGAGUGGCUGUGCAGCUUGUUGAUUGCGCUUUCUUCAUUAGAUAAUUCUGUAGAGUGUGAGCUGUUGAAUGUUGUAUUGCAGACAUGUGCAGACGAGUGUGGAGACGAUUCCAAAACACACGUAUCUGAUUUGCGAUUUGAAAUGGUGUCACUUGAUAUGUCUCAAACUACAAUAUUGGUAAAAAAUGGCAGUAGUGAACUGUUUGAAUUCUUUAGAGGUACAAAUAUAGGAAUACUGACGCUAAAAUCGGCCGAUUGUGAAUAAUUAUCAUCACAGAUUCUGCAUACUCUGAAGAAAUUGACAAAGCUUGUUUUGUGGGGGACUUAUAGUGGGCGAUGCACUUUACAGCUGCCUGAUACAUUACAAUACAUAUCAUUGCAGAAAGUUGAAUGUUCAGCUGAGUGGAUGUGCAGCUUGUUGAUAGAGCUUUCUUCAUUAGAUCAUUUUGUAGAGUGUGAGCUGUGGGAUGUUGUAUUGCAGCCAUGUGAAUUCUCUUGCGGAGACGAUGCCAAAACACAUAGCUCAGAUUUGCGAUUAGAAAUGCUGUCAUUUGAUAUGUCCAACAUGACAAUUUUUGUAAAAAAUGGAAGUGUUGAACUGUUUGAAAUCUUACGUGAUACAAAUAUAGGGACUUUAAAUCUGUUUACGGCAGAUUGCGUCUCAUUAGCAUCAAAGAUUAUGUACACUCUCAAGAAAUUAAAAAAGCUUAUUGUGUGGGGUACUUAUAGUGGGCGAUGCUCUUUACAGCUGCCUGAUACAUUACAAUGCAUAUUAUUGCAGGAAGUUGAAUGUUCAGCUGAGUGGCUGUGCAGCUUGUUGACAGAGCUUUCUUCAUUAGAUCAUUUUGUAGAGUGUGGGCUUUGGGAUGUUGUAUUGCAGCCAUGUUAAUUCUCUU